AUGCCCACCACCUUCACCACUCAGCAGUUUAUCCAAGCAGGCAUGUCUUCCUCAUUUGAUCCCUAUAACGUCAACCUGAGCACAGUGGAUUUCGCCAAAGUGGUCUGCUGGGUCCAGGACACGGGCAAUGAUUACGAUGGCCGGCUUGGUGCUCGUAUUUCUUCCAUUUUUGUUAUAUUUGUUAUCUCGACAGCGGUUACCUUCUUCCCUGUGAUCGCGAAACGAGUCCCGCGCCUGAGGAUCCCCCUCUAUGCGUACCUGUUUGCUCGUUACUUCGGUACGGGUGUGAUCAUUGCCACUGCAUUUGUUCAUUUGUUGGAUCCUGCUUACUCAGAGAUUGGUCCUAACUCCUGCGUUGGAAUGACGGGCAACUGGGCUGAGUACUCUUGGCCACCUGCCAUUACAUUGACUUCGACGAUCGUUGUGUUCCUCAUGGACUUCGGUGCAGAGUUAUAUGUUGAGUCAAAGUAUGGAAUCAUGAAAGAAUCAGCAGUUGGUAUUGUUCAAGAGACACACGAACAUCAACCCUCUGGGGAACUUCCAACUACGUCGCUCGAGACGAAGCAUGACUCGGCAUGGGACACUCAAGACUUUUCAGACUCUGCGGCAGCGGAGAGAUCGUUCCGGCAACAGAUAGCCGCCCUCCUCAUUCUUGAAUUCGGUGUCAUUUUUCACUCGGUGAUCAUCGGCCUGAAUCUUGGAGUUGUCGGCAGCGAAUUCACAACCUUGUACCCCGUGCUCGUAUUCCACCAGAGCUUCGAAGGGUUGGGUAUUGGUGCCAGAAUGUCCGCUAUUCCUUUCAAGCGAAAGAGCUGGCUUCCUUGGAUCCUAUGCAUGUUGUACGGUUUAACCACGCCCAUUUCUAUUGCAAUUGGACUUGGCGUGCGAACAACAUACGAUCCAAAUUCGAUGACAGCGGACAUAGUUUCUGGACUCCUCGACUCGAUCUCAGCCGGUAUCCUGAUCUACACUGGGCUUGUUGAACUGCUAGCUCGGGACUUUUUGUUUGAUCCUUGCCGCACGAACAACAGGAAACGCUUAGCGUUUAUGACUGUAUGUACAGUGCUAGGUGCUGGUAUCAUGGCACUUAUCGGGAAGUGGGCAUAG